UAAUAAGGCCACGAAGCGUAAGCAUUUUGUUGGAAAUGCCCUCAAGCUCAGUGCUGUUCUUUGUUGAAUUCACAAAGCCUCUCCCCCUUCCAAAGGCUGGGAAUGUAAACCCCUUGGCUCUUUUCUUAAAAUCUUGUUGGGAAGUUUUCAGCCGGGGAGAACUAUACACUGUUUUGUAGCGCAAGAAUUGGCCCAAAUAGACUUGCUGUGGUGUUGUUUUUCAAUUUCUUCUAGUGAAUGGCCUUUUGCUUGUUAGCUCUGGAAACUUAUUUUCCAAUUUUCUUUCCCCUGCAAUGUUUUUGAAUGAUUCUGCUAACUCUUCGGAAAGUGACGAUGAACCUCAUUCUGCUUUUUCCCAGGCUGAACACAACAUAGUUGCAGCUUAUUUGAUAACAGCAGGGGUCAUAAGCCUUCUCAGUAACAUAGUUGUGCUAGGCAUCUUUGUUAAGUACAAGGAACUUCGGACAGCAACCAAUGCUAUUAUUAUCAACCUGGCUUUCACUGACAUUGGCGUGAGUGGUAUUGGUUACCCCAUGUCUGCAGCUUCAGAUCUGCAUGGAAGCUGGAAGUUUGGCUACACAGGUUGCCAGAUCUAUGCUGCUUUAAAUAUCUUCUUUGGAAUGGCAAGUAUUGGUUUGCUUACUGUUGUUGCUAUUGAUCGUUAUCUGACAAUCUGCAAGCCGCAUAUAGGUAGUAGACUUACUGCAACCAACUACACAACCCUGAUUCUUGCUGCCUGGAUCAAUGCACUUUUUUGGGCUUCCAUGCCUGUUGUGGGGUGGGCAAGCUAUGCCCCAGAUCCAACUGGAGCCACCUGUACUGUAAACUGGAGGAAAAACGACACAUCCUUUGUUUCUUACACUAUGUCUGUAAUUGCUGUUAAUUUUGUUAUUCCCUUAUCGGUCAUGUUCUACUGUUACUACAACGUUUCAAAAACGAUGAAAUACUACAUGAGAAACAGUUGUCUCGAAAACAUCAACAUAGACUGGUCUGAUCAAGUUGAUGUAACAAAGAUGUCUGUUGUCAUGAUUAUAAUGUUUCUAUUGGCUUGGUCUCCAUAUUCUAUUGUGUGUUUAUGGUCAUCCUUUGGAGACCCCAAGAAAAUUUCUCCUGCCAUGGCGAUCGUAGCUCCAUUAUUUGCAAAAUCAUCUACAUUCUAUAAUCCCUGUAUUUAUGUCAUUGCAAACAAAAGGUUUCGAAGGGCCAUCCUUGCAAUGAUCCGAUGUCAAACACGUCAGGAGAUAACAAUUAAUAAUGUCUUGCCAAUGAGUGUCUCUCAAAGCACGAUUGCUUGAGGAUGCUGAUGGAAAAAGUUCUGCCACUAUGUUUACUUGCUCAUUAUAUCUUUUGUAUGAAGACACCCUGGAAAGAAUGUCACAUCUUUUUCACAAAUAGCUAUGUGUUGUAAAAUAAUGCUUUAUUGAGAAAGCAAAGGUAGAAUGGAUUAUCUUGUUUUUGUGACAGGUGCCAACUCUUGGUUUAGUCUUAUUUACCGUGCCAUCUGAUGGGACAAAGGAACUUGUAUGCCCCAUUCUAUCUAAGACAAUUUGUUGGAAGCUGCACGACUAAUUCAAAAACUCACAUGGCUUGCCUAUCAACUUUGGCAAGCAUACUUACUGCUGCUUUCUUCCUUGCCCCCCAAUAUAUUUCAUGUUUUCUUAUUGUUUGUACAUUACUGUUUGUUGCAUUAGAGCAAAAUCCCAAAGAAUUUUUCCAACACUGAUGAAAAAAAGAAGUUUAUCGAUAUGCACACUCCUGUCUCAAAUUCAAAUCAUAGCACUGUUGUGAUUACAGGAAUAAAAUGGAGUUUGCUUCUGCUGGCCAGAUGCUAAACAGAUUUCCUUGGGAAUAGGCACCAAACUGUUGUAGAAACAGAUAAUAUAUUUAAAAGUAAAAAUAAUAGAAUGGGAAUUUGUAAUAUGCGAAUACAUCUGUAAUAUGUAUAUGUCUAACCAGUAACUGGUGUGAGAUAAAAGUCUGAGUGUUGGACUAUAGCUCUAGAGAUCAGGGUUCAAAUCUCUGCUCAGACAUGGGAACCCACUGGAUGACCUUGGGCAGGUCACACUUUCCCAGCCUCAGAGGAAGGCAAAGGAAAACCCCCUCCAAAUAAAUCCUGGCAACAAAUAAGUUCAUACUGAGAUUACUAUAAAUCAGAAAUGACUUCAAGGCACAGAUACCCCCCGAUUAAAAUUGUUUUUGAAAAAAAGGAAAGCUAUUGUGCUUUCCUAUAGCCAUGAUGCCCCGAAUGCUAAUGCCAGCCCUGUUUGCCAUUGCCCUCCUUUCCUAAUGGCCUCCACUGCUUCUUUGGGAGCAGAUCCCUGAAUUUCAUCCUUAAGUGCCAGACUAAUUGUAUUACUGAUUGUGCCAUUAGUGUCCAUAAUAAAACAAAAGGCAAGAAACAUAGUUGAACAGUUAAUAAUUGUGUUUUUAUUGGCCCGAGCACUAAAAGUUAAGCAAAACAAUAACACUUAAAUAAAAGCUAAAAUAAAAAGUAAGAAAUUACAGUCAUGAACACAUGCACAAAUAAUGCAAUUUAAUACAGCCUUUCUUGGUUAUUUUGUUUGUUACAGAGUAAUUCUUAACUGUCCAGAUUAGCCUUAAUUAAAAACAAUCCUUUGAGAUAACAUAAUUAGUUCUGAAAAACAGACUAUGCUAAAAAGCACCUAUCUGAUUGUUUUUAAAGGAAGAGCAAAGGGUAAAGUCUGGGUUUCCAAUUAAUAGGGGGCCAUUUCUCAAGACUAAUAGCUGUUUGUUGAUUAUUGGUGCCAUCUGCUCUUAAUUAUGACAUUUCAUUAAACACUUACCAGUCUGUUUAAGUUCUUUCUGCUCGUUUCAGUCUCUGUAUCUGUAAAGUAGAUUAAUCCAACUGUUAUUUGUGUUUUUUAAAAUAUUUUGAAUAAGGCAGAAAAAUAUUCUUGGACCCAAGCUAUUGUACUGAAUUUUUGCUGCAUAAAAUGUGUCCUCUGUAAAAAGGCAAAAUGUUUUACUCAUAUUGUUUAGUUUAAACAGUAGAUUACACUUGGUGGCAAGGUUUUUUUUAUUUCAGUGUUUAAUUUUUCAUGUAAACAGUCUUAUUUCAAGAUGGAUGUAGUUUAAAGGCAAUGCAUUCCUUCUUUGACACAAUAAAGAGCAAGCUGUUUCAACUGA